UGGGACAACAAAGAAAGAUCAUGCUUGGAAAUGGACUAAACCAAUUCCGGGGGAGUUGAAGUACUUUUUGUGUGUGUUUUGUGAUCAAAAAAAUACUGGUGGCAUUUUCAGAUUCAAGCAGCAUCUAGUUGGCACCCAUAAAGGAAUCAAAGCUUGUCCAAAAGUCCCACCAAAUGUGAAGGAUUGGUGCAUUUUAGCACUUAAAAGAAACGAGGAAGAGAAACAAGCAAGGAUUGCAAUGCGUAGGGAGAUAGGGGGUUUGGAGCCACUAGAAGAAGAAGAUGCACCGGUUCAAGAGUUGGAAAAUGUGGCUGCAAGUGAGAGUGGUAGUGCUCAAACUCCACUUGGUGGUGGUUCUACGAGUCAACCGAAGUCAAGAGGGCUAAUGGACAAGUUUGUAUCCUCAAAAGCUCGGCAAACUACCUUGAAUUCUUCAUUCAAGAAAGAAGAAAGACGUAAUGUGUUAAGGCGAUUGGGCGGUUAUUCUAUACUAGUGCCAUAGCAUUCAAUGUGGCAAAUAAUCCAUAUUAUUUUGCGGUAUUGGAGCAAGUUGCCAAGUAUGGCCCCGGUUUUCAACCUCCAACUAGUCAUGAGUUAAGGACUUGGAUUUUGAAGGAAGAAGUUGUAGAUGUUCAAAAAAUGAUGGGAGAGCACAAAAAAGAUUGGGGUCAUUAUGGAUGCACAAUUAUGUCGGAUGGUUGGACGGAAGGCAAAAGUAGGGUUAUACUAAAUUUUUUAGUAAAUAGCCCUAGAGGUACAUGGUUCUUGAAAUUGGUUGAUGCAUAGGAUACAAUUAAACAUGGGGAGUUGAUGCUCAAUUAUUUAGAUAGUGUUGUGGAGGAGGUAGGGGAAGAGAAUGUGGUCCAAAUAGUUACGGACAAUGCUUCUAAUUAUAAGUGGGCGGGAAAGGAACUUAUGAAGUAUAGAAGCAAAUUGUGGUGGACUCCAUCUGCGGCUCAUUGCAUUGACUUGAUGUUGGAGGAUAUAAGCAAGUUGAAAGUCUUUGAAACUACCAUUCAAAGAGCUAAGCAAAUUUUGAAGUUCAUUUAUGGGCAUACACAAGUUCUUUCCAUUAUGAGAAAGUUCACCGGCGACAAAGAGAUUAUUCGUCCGGCGGUUACAAGGUUUGCCACAUCUUUUCUCUCUCUUCAAAGUUUAUAUAAGCAAAGGAAAGCUCUUAUUAGUAUGUUUUCAUCUAAAGAUUGGAAUGAAUGUGGAUGUACAAAACAUAAAGAUGCUUAUGAUGUGAGGAAGUGGAUACUUCGUGAUGGAAGUUUUUGGAACCAUGUUGCUUAUUGCAUAAAAAGUGUUCUGCCACUUGUUUGUGUUUUGAGAGAGGUUGAUUCGGAAGUGAGACCUGCUAUGGGAUUUAUAUAUGAGUUAACGGAUGCCGCAAAAGAGAAGAUAGCAAAGAAACUUGGAAAUGUGGAAGCAAGGUAUGGACCAAUUUGGAGGAGAAUAGAUAAUAGAUUGAGUCCACAACUUCAUCAACCAUUGCAUGCAGCGGGUUAUUACUUGAACCCUCAAUUUCUGUAUGAAGAAAACUUUUGUAAUACCGAGCAUGUGAAGAAGGGGUUGGAAGAAUGCAUGGAUAGGAUGCUAGAUGGUGAGGAUCGUAUUAAAGCGGAGAUCCAAUUUGACUUAUAUGAGCGAAAACUUGGUAAGUUCGGAAGUGACAUGGCUUUGUCUACUAGGAAGAAGCGAUCACCCGUGUUUUGGUGGGAAAAAUAUGGGACACAAACAUCGGAGUUGAUGAAUUUUGCUACUCGGGUGCUUUCCCUUACUUGUAGUGCAUCGGGGUGUGAGAGGAAUUGGAGCACUUUUGAAAUGAUUCAUACCAAAAAGAGGAAUAGGCUUGAGCAUAAGAGAUUGCAUGCUUUAGUUUAUGUGAAAUACAAUAUUUCUCUAAGAGAUAGGAGUAUGAAAAGAAAUGCCACAAUGAUCGAUCCUAUUGUUGUGGAAGAAAUUGAAUCCGAUGAUGAAUGGAUAACGGAGAUAGAGGAUCCAGUUCUCCUUGCUGAUCCUAAUUGGCUUAAGGAUAGAAUAGAAGAUCUAACAUUGAAUGAUGAGGCGGUAAGAAAUGUGCCAGUUGGUUCAUACCAAAGUACUCUAAUGGAUAGAGAGCCUAUUCUUCGUGAGCCUUCUCCUCCUCCCCGUGAGCCUACUCUUUCUCUUGAUGAGCCUAUUGUUUUAUACAAAAGGAAAUCUAGUCAAGCACCAAGUUCAAGUAGAAGAAAGCUUCCAAGGAAAUCAAUGCGUCUUGAAGACAUUGCGGAUGAUGAUAUUAGAACUAAUCCAUAUGAAGAUACUAAUCCUCUCUUUCAGCACCAAGAUGAUGAUAGUGAUGGCGAUGAUAGUGAUGGUGGUGAUAGUGAUGGUGGGGAUAGUUUGGAUGGUGAUCUUCUAGUUGAUGAGGAAGAUGAUUUCCAAGCAUGAAGUAGAUUUCAACAUUUGUUCUUGAUCUUUGGUGUUUGAACUUUCUUGAUCUUUGGUGUUUGAACUUUAAAUCCUUGAUUUCAUUUUAUGUUGGUAAUUUUGUUGAAACAUAUGCUUCUAAUACUUCAUUUAUUGUGAGUGAAUUCAUGUUCUUUUGGUUGAAUCAUAAUGUGGUAUGUAUAAGAGUAGAAAUUACAUGAAUAUAGGCGAUUAAUACGUAAGGCUUACGCCUUAUGCGCCUUAUGCCUCAAGGCUGCAAGGCUCUCCCGAAAACGCCUCGG